AAAAAUGACGUCGAACUUGCUUGUGUCUACUCAGCCCUAAUUCUGGUUGAUGAUGAUAUUGCCGUGACUGGUGAGAAAAUCCAGACCAUUCUCAAAGCAGCCAACGUUGACGUAGAACCAUACUGGCCUGGUUCAUUUGAGAAAGAGCUAGAAGGAAUCAACGUCAGGGAACUGAUCACCAACAUUAGAGUAGGAAGUGCACCUUCGGCAGGAGGUGCUGCAGCUCCAGCUGCGGCAGCAACUGCUGCUGAGCCUGCCAAGGAGCAAAAGAAGAAGGAAGAAGAACCUGAAGAGUCUGAUGAUGAUAUGGGUCUUGGACUCUUCGAUUAGC